GCAAACGGCGAAGCCACCCUCACUUGCUGUCACUCGUCGUAUCAUCACUGGCGGCAUCACCACAACAAUACCUCCUACUUUUGUGAACAUUAUCUCCACGAAUGAAGAAAGACAAGCAUGAUAAGAAGAAAACCGAACAGGGGAGAGAGGAGGAAGAAGAGUACCAAGAGUGGUCGAGCCCCUUAGAGUUCCUCCUCUCCUGCGCUUCUAUCUCUCUCGGGCUGGGCAUCGUCUGGAGGUUCCCCACUACGGCCUUGGAGAACGGAAGCGGUGCUUUCCUUUUCCCUUACAUCAUCGUUUUGUUCUCAAUAAGCAGACCGCUUUAUUUCCUGGAGCUAGCUAUUGGACAGUUCUCUUCUUCCAACUGCACCAAAGUGUGGAGGAUGGUGCCACCGUUCAAAGGUAUCGGUUACGUACAAGUAUUCGUCUGUUACUGCGUUCUAACGUAUUUCGCUUCGCUGGCAGCGGUGAUGCUUUUCUAUUUGGUCAUGUCCUUCAGCAAGGUUCUUCCGUGGUCGGUGUGUGACGACGUCUGGGCGGACGAGAACUGCGUUGGCGCUUCCAGCACCAACGUCACCUACACCGACAACUUGCAGUCUUCCUCGGAGCAAUACUACUACCGCUACGUGUUGCGAAUUAAGGAGGACAUCAGUGACGGCAUCGGCCCCCCUGAAUGGCGUCUGGCGCUCUGUCUUCUCUUGUUUUGGGUGCUGCUCUUCUUCACCGUGGCCUGGGGCAUCAAGUCUUCAGGAAAGGUGGCGUACUUCACGGCGCUGUUCCCCUACGUUGUGCUGGUGAUGCUGCUCAUUCGUGGGGUGACGCUGCCUGGAGCCAUCGACGGUGUACUCUAUUUUGUCACACCGGAGUGGCAGAAGCUGCUGGACCCCACUGUGUGGUACGCUGCCAUUACCCAGUCCUUCUUCAGCCUCACCCUCGGGUUCGGUCCCGUUGUCAUCUUCGGUUCGUACAACACGUUUUCCCAGAACGUUUACAGGGACGCAUGGAUCAUCAGCCUCCUGAGCAUCAUAAGCUCGCUUCUCAACGGCUUUGCUACAUUCGCCGUCUUAGGCAACUUAGCCUCUGAGCUGAAGACAGACAUAAAGGACGUGGUGCAUGGCAGAGAAACCAACUUGAUCUUUAUCUUAUACCCCCAAGCUCUCGCCAAAUUCACUGAGGCCCCGCAGGUGUUCGCUGUGUUGUUCUUCCUGAUGGUGACCACGCUUGGCUUCGGUAUGGCGACUGGAGCUGUGACCACUCUACUGGCCGUUGUCUCAGACCUAUUCCCCUCCGUCCGGAAGAUAUACAUCACGUUAUCCAUUGUCGUCUCAGCUUAUCUUAUCGGCCUUGUCUACAUAACGCCUGGCGGCCAAGGGAUCCUCGCGUUGGUGGAUUAUUUCACCGGAGGAAUCAUUGUCUUUCUGGCUGUCAUCUUCGAAAUACUGGCCAUCAACUUUAUUUACGGAUUCCGGCUACUGUUUCGUGACUUGCGGUUCAUGCUGGGUUUUGAGGUGGACUUAUUCACCAAGAUUUGUUUGGUGGUCAUCACUCCUAUAUCGCUGUUCGUCAUCUUCGUCUACAGCGUGGCAGUUUCCCAGUUACCCACCUAUCGCGGCAACGCUUAUCCACAGAGCGCUUACAUGUGUGGAUGGAUGCUUGCCGGCGUGGCCGUGAGCGCGGUCCCCAUUUGCUUCGUGCAUACUCUCUAUCACACUCCCGGAGACACUUUGGUUCAGAAACUGCAAGGAGCGUUCCAGCCCAAGGACAGCUGGGGACCUAAGAGGACACACGACAGGAACCGGUGGAAGGGACAGAACGACUCGUUACCGCACUAACUAAUCUCUGUACUCAGUCUUCUGUAUCAAACCCUGAACUAGGAAAGAAACUCAAUGACUCAUUACCGUGCUAUACUAUCUGUAUUCCCAUAAUGUUUUAUCCAUAUCAGAGCCUACACUGAAAGAAACUGAACAACUGGUUACCGUAUUUCUCUCUGUAUUCCCAGUGUUCAAGGCCUACACCGCAUCAGCUCUGUGACCUCAUCAGUUAUACAGAUAAUGGGGUUCACACCUUGUAUUUCAUGUAACUAUCUCCCUCACUGAUGACGUUACAGCUUCAUUCUCAAGCCUUGUCUGUUUUAGGAGGCACUGUUCCUAUUCACAUAAGCUGCUGUUGCUGCUGCUGCUGCUGAUGAUGAUGAUGAAAACAACAACAACAACAAUAACAACAACAACAACAACAACAACAAUAAUAAUAAUAAUAAUAAUAAUAAUAGUAGUAGUAGUAGUAGUAGUAGUAGCAGUAGUAAUGAAAAUGAUGAUGUCUUAAAUAAUGAAUCAAAUAAACUAAUAAACAAAUUAAUAAAAACA